AUGCUGCUACGAAAGAAAAGCAAUAGAUGGAAAAUAUUCAGGGAAACUGCGUCACCAGUGCACUUCAAAGAACUUCGUCGUCAACGAAAUGCAGUCAAAAAAUGUGUCCUUCAGGCACGGAGGAAGUAUGGAUCCAAAAUUAUCCAGCAGGCUGAACAGAAGCCCAAGAUUUUAGUUUACUAUCUUAACGGUAAACUGAAUAACGAGGACCCGGUCGCAAUGCUGAAGAAUGAUAAUGGUGUAGAAAUCACUGAGAACAGCGGGAAAGCCGAACAAUUAAGAUGGUAUUUUGCCUCGGUUUCUACUAGGGAAACAGACUUUCGUAGUCACAGUGCCAGCAAUGCUGUUGAGACCGCUGGUCCCCUGCUUGAAUUCAUACACUUCCAGACAGCUGUCGCGGAAAGGGAGCUGCAAAAUCUCAAAGAAGCAAAGUCCUCGGGUCCAGACAAUAUACCGGCCAAAUUUUUGAAAGAAUUGGCCUUUGAACUCUCCAUGCCACUGGCACACAUCUUGCGCUCAUCAUUCGAAUUAGGGAGACUGCCAUCGGAAUGGAAGACAGCAAAUAUCUUUCCGAUAUACAAGGGCGGUUCUGGCACUAAUGCUAAUAAUUACUGGCCUGUUAGUCUCGCCUGCAUCUGUUGUAGAAUAAUGGAGGCCAUAAUUAAGAAAGCAACAAUGGAGUUCCUGGAGCAGGGCCAUUUAAUCUCAGACCUGCAGCACGGCUUCAGACAGAACCGCUCGUACCUUUCCAGUUUAUUGCUCUCGACGAAACAAUGGACUCGCGCACUGGACGAGGAUGGUAGGAUCGAUGUCAUUUACACAGACUCCAAGAAGGCGUUCGACAGCGUCCCACACAAAUGCCUAAUCUGCAAACUUUCUGAAAUUGGGAUAAAAGGAAGGCUGCUGACAUGGAUAACAUAUUUUCUUACAGGGAGAUCGACAACCGUGAGCGUUGAGGCCUCGAGGUCAACUCCUAACCCCGUUCUAAGUGGUGUAUACCAGGGCUCCGUCUUAGGGCCGUUGCAAUUCCUGGUUUACAUUAACGAAUGCGUCGACGACCUGGGAUGCAGCGCCACCAUGUUUGCUGAUGAUGUCAAGUUUUUGAAAACCAUCAGAUCUGACGAAGACAGGUACGCGCUUCAAGACAGUCUCAACCGCCUGAACAGUUGGUCAGCUCGGUGGCUCCUUAAUUAUAAUGUGGACAAAUAUGUGGUCAUGAGACUCAGCACCAUAAAGACCAGUAAGGAGGACGAUUCCCUUCGAUACAUCCUGGAUGAUCAGUCCCUGUCAAAUGUUGUGGAACAGAAAGACCUGGGCGUCCUAAUGACCUCCUCGCUGAAACCAUCAUCACAGUGUCAAAGAGCAGCCAAAAUUGCGAUAAGGGCGUUAUUUGCGCUGAGGCGAGGAUAUGUGCAGAUCGAUAAAGAACUGUUCAAGAAAACCAAUGGGGCAUUCGUUCGGUCUCACUUAGAGUAUGCAGUCCAGGCCUGGCGACCGUGGUUGAUGAAAGAUUAUUAA